AGUGCGGCGCCGCCGCGGGACCCGGAGAGCCAGCUGGCGGGCGGUCUGGAGAGGGGGUGGCGGGGAGGGCGCGGCGGCUGCCGGGGGCGCAGGGCAGUGGUCUGCAGGGCUUCAGCCUCCCGAGGGCCAGCUUCGCCGAGCCCGGAGCUGGGUCUGAACCCCGCGCACACCAAAGACGAGGCGGCUGUGGCGGCAGCGGCGGCCCCAGCCAUGCUGUGCUAUGUGACGAGGCCGGACGCGGUGCUGAUGGAGGUGGAGGUGGAGGCGAAAGCCAACGGCGAGGACUGCCUCAACCAGGUGUGCAGGCGAUUGGGAAUUAUAGAAGUUGAUUAUUUUGGACUGCAGUUUACGGGUAGCAAAGGUGAAAGUUUAUGGCUAAAUCUGAGAAAUCGGAUCUCCCAGCAGAUGGAUGGGCUAGCCCCUUACCGGCUUAAACUGAGAGUCAAGUUCUUCGUGGAGCCUCAUCUCAUCUUACAGGAGCAGACUAGGCAUAUCUUUUUCUUGCAUAUCAAGGAGGCCCUCCUGGCAGGCCACCUCCAGUGUUCUCCAGAGCAAGCGGUGGAACUCAGUGCCCUCCUGGCCCAGACCAAGUUUGGGGACUAUAACCAGAACACGGCCAAGUACAGCUACGAAGAGCUGUGUGCCAAGGAGCUCUCCAGUGCCACCUUGAACAGCAUUGUGGCAAAGCAUAAGGAGUUGGAGGGGACCAGCCAGGCUUCGGCUGAAUACCAAGUUUUGCAGAUUGUGUCGGCAAUGGAAAACUACGGCACAGAAUGGCACUCUGUGAGGGACAGCGAGGGGCAGAAACUCCUCAUUGGGGUUGGGCCGGAAGGAAUCUCAAUCUGUAAAGAUGACUUCAGCCCAAUUAACAGGAUCGCUUACCCUGUCGUGCAGAUGGCUACCCAGUCAGGGAAGAACGUGUACCUCACCAUCACCAAGGAGUCUGGGAACAGCAUCGUGCUCCUGUUCAAGAUGAUCAGCACCCGGGCAGCCAGCGGGCUCUACCGAGCCAUCACCGAGACGCAUGCUUUUUAUAGGUGCGACACGGUGACCAGUGCCGUCAUGAUGCAGUACAGCCGAGACCUGAAGGGCCACUUGGCUUCUCUGUUUCUGAACGAAAACAUCAACCUGGGCAAGAAGUAUGUCUUCGAUAUUAAAAGAACCUCCAAGGAGGCGUAUGACCACGCCAGGAGGGCUCUGUACAACGCGGGUGUGGUGGAUCUCGUGCCGAGAAGCGACCCCAGCCCUCCAAACUCUCCCCUGAAGUCCUCGGAGAGCAGCAUGAGCUGCGGCAGCUGCGAGGGCCUUGGCUGCCAGCAGACCCGGGCCCUCCAGGAGAAGCUGCGCAAGCUCAAGGAGGCCAUGCUGUGCGUGCUGUGCUGCGAGGGUGAGAUCAACUCAGCCUUCUGCCCAUGCGGCCACACCGUGUGCUGCGAGGGCUGUGCCGCCCAGCUCCAGUCCUGUCCUGUCUGCAGGUCACGGGUGGACCACGUCCAGCACGUCUACCUGCCGACCCACACCAGUCUUCUCAACCUGACUGUGAUCUGAUCUGCUGUGCACUUACUGGACCUGCCAUGUCUCCAUGAACUGCACUGGUAUAAACUAUAAACAUGAUAGAUCGUGGAGAGAAUAAAUACUCCAACGCCCAUCUGCCAUGCAACGUUUAGGGGGGCAAAAAAAAAAGGAAGAAUAGAAACAGUAUGACUACUCCUCACCGCCAAAAUGUACCAUGCGUAGAAUCAGCACCUCCGGGUUGAUGACCAGGAAGAGCUCUGGGACCCAGACAUGUUCCUUGGACUUUUCUUCUUUUUAUGAUCAAGUAAAGAAAUCAGGAAGAUCUUUGACGUCAGUUAAGUGGCAGCAUAGCCCAAAAGUGAGUACCUUUUAGAAAAUGAUGUUUAAGUCUCCUUAACGUAUCCCAAGGUAAGUUUCCUACUUGCAGCCAAUUUUGUAAGAAUUCAUUUUAAGGAUUUACUUGGUUCUUUUUGUACGGGUCACAGAGCUCUGGACAUUUUUAAUAGGAAAACUUUUCUUAAAGAGAUAGUUGUCAUUUUAAUGUCAUUUCUGUUUUUCUAACUUGUUCAAGAAAGAUUGGGAGGCAAACAUAUUUAAAAAUCGAUUCGGGGACUUUUUUUUUUUUUUUUUUUUGCCCUACGUGGGCCUCUCACUGCUGUGGCCUCUCCCGUUGCGGAUCACAGGCUCCGGACGCGCAGGCCCAGCGGCCACGGCCCACGGGCCCAGCCUCCCCGCAGCAUGCGGGAUCCUCCAGGACCGGGGCACGAACCCGUGUCCCCUGCAUCGGCAGGCGGACCCUCAACCACUGCACCACCAGGGAAGCCCGAUUCAGGGACUUUUUUAGAGUGGACACUAAGUUGUCAGAUUUAAACCAGUCUGACCAGUGGAAAACAGAUCACUCCACGUGGAUGGUUUCCUAUUCUUUCCCCCUCCCCCUCUCCUUACCCUGUCCCCAAGCCUUUCAAUUAUAAAAUGCUACCAGUCUGGUUAGAUGAUUUCUGUGGAGUAGUCAGCACUCCUUGGGCCUCUUGAGUUGGUGGAAUAUUUUAAGAUUGAAAAGGGAGCGCAUGUUCCUUGGAAGGAAGAGCAUUGCUCGCUGAGAUGAAGCUUCGCCACGUACAAAGUAGGGGUCGUUCGUGAGUUCUCCGACGCACCCUGCUCCAGCUUCAGCCGGUGGGGUUGCUUUUGCUUGAGCCAUCAAGCCUUUUACAGCCUUAUCGUAGGUAUCCUAGAUAUUGUAAGCUUUUUUUUUGGUAGUAAAUGCUUAAGUAUUAACUUUUUAUUGUCCCUCUGUAUGUUUAGAGGGGUUUCGGGGGGGGUUUGUUUCUGUAUUCUUAAUCAUGUUUUCCACUCCCACUUGGGCAUUUUGGAACCUGGUCAGCUUGUUGGUUUUCUAGGAUGUCUGGAACCUGGAUGACCUUAUUGGGUGCAAUACUAGCUAAGUUAAAGCUAGAAACCUACACUGUCACUUUACUGAGAUUUCUGAGUAUACUUUUCAUAUUGCCUUAAUGUAGCAGUAAUGUGUUUAUGCAUUUGUUUCUUUGCACAGACAUUUUGUCAGAUAUUAAAACUCUACUUUUUUAUGGCACAUAUUAGCAUAUAAGCCUUUAUUCCAAGAGGUAUUUAUUUUUUCACUUGUAAA